UUUAAUAUUUUAUAAAUAUAUUAUAAAAUUUUUACAUUGAUGAUAUUAAAGUAAUUAAUAUUUUGAAUAGUAAAAUAGCUUUAAAAGUAGUAACAUAUUAGUAUAUGAUAUAAGUACACGUGCUACCCGGGAUCGUAUGACGUAAGAUUGCACCGUAACCUAUACUUUCUUUAUUUUUCUUGUAAUUAUUUCUUAAAAAUAGUAAUUUAAAUAAUAUAUCAAAAUAAUAAUGACUGUUGAAAGUACAGAAAAUAAAGAAAAAUCAAUAUCUGAAAAAAGUAAUAUUGAAGCUGAAUAUUCUGAUCUUUAUCCAGGACGAAAAGAAAUACGAUCUCGUACUUGGCUUGAUAAACUUUUCUUAAAAGAAAAAAGAGAACAAUUAGAAAGAACACAAUGUGAAAUUAAUGUGUACAAAUGUGUGCAAAAUAGUUCUCUGGUUAAACUAAUGUUAGGAGCAUUAAAGGGAUCUGGAUGUGAAGUUGAUCUUGGUCGUCACAUUGCAUGUGAAGUAUGUGAUGAAACAGUUACUGGUGGUUAUGAUCCAGAAACAAAUCAGAUUAUAGUUUGUCAAAAUACUGCUCGUACUAAAAAUUAUGUUCAAAGUACUUUAAGUCAUGAAAUGAUUCAUAUGUUUGAUUAUUGCCGUAAUAAAUUAGAUUUAAAUAAUUUAGAUCAUUUAGCUUGCACUGAAAUAAGGGCAGCUAAUCAAUGUCAUUGUAGUUUUCUUGGUGCAUGGUUUAGAGGAACUGCCUCACUUUUUAAUAUUAAAAAGGCACAUCAGAAUUGUGUUAUAGACAAGGCUGUUAGAUCCGUAGUUGCAAUAAAAAACAUAUCAAAGGAUGAAGCCACGGAAGCUGUAAUGCGAGUUUUCGAUAAAUGUUAUAAUGAUUUGGAGCCAGUUGGAAGACGACUUCGUAGAAAUUCAUUGGAUAUGGAAAAAGCAUAUUAUGAAGGGACAUAUUAUGGAUAUUCAGAUUAAAUAUAAAAAUUUUUUCUAAGUGUAGUAUUUUAUUUUAUUAUAUCUCAAAAGUACUCAUUCAAAGAUGAUGUGAUCAUUCUGACAUUAUUAUUGCAUUUUCUUAAUAUCUAACAUAAAAAAUAAUUUAAAAAUAAAAUGUAUUUUAAGAUAUAAUAAAAUAAGUUUAUUAAAUUACAAAAAUAAAAAUGAUAAAAAUAUAUAAAGAUUAAUAUUUGAAAAGUGAAUAGUUUUACAUGGAUAUAGGAGACGAGUGCAAGGUUUUUUUGAUCUAGAAUUUCUAUAAUCUAUAUAUAGUUUCUAUUAUAUGUAUAUUAAUUCAAGAAUAUAUCAAUCUAACAAAUAAACAA